AUGCCUCUCAGAUCCACCCGCCACACCACCACCACCGCUCCCCGCCGGAGCAUCUUCUCCCGCCGCCGUGCCCCAGCUCACACAUCCCACCACCACACAACCACAAAGACAACCCGCACCACCAAGCGCGGAGGCGGCGGCCUCUUCUCUCGCCGCCGAGGACCCGUCCACACGGCCCCCGUCCACCACCAGCGCCGCAAGCCCUCCAUGGGCGACAAGAUCUCGGGCGCCAUGCUCAAGCUCAAGGGCACCCUGACACGCCGCCCCGGUCAAAAGGCCGCCGGCACCCGCCGCAUGCACGGCACCGACGGUCGCGGCUCUCACCGCGCCCAUCGCUACUAG